AUGUCGAAUAAUUUGAUUUGGAGAAUUAGUAGGCCAAUUUCCUCGGGUAUUUUCUCGGGUCUACCAUAUAUUGGUAAGAAAGCGGUUUCGUGGUCUUCUAAACGUUUUUUCCAUUCAGAUCCACAAUUAUGGACUAAAGAAGAUCAUCCAAAAAUCAUCUUUAGCAUGCAGUACUUGUCAUGUUAUUUUGGACAAGAAGAAUUCACAAUGAAUGAAGAUCACUUCAAGGAAAUCUAUGAUGAGCUAGAACCGCCAUCAGAAAGAGAAGAAGAUAUGCUAGAUAUGGCACCACAAGUUUGUGAAACCUCUAGAUUGGCAUGCCAAAUUAAAGUUGACGAAAAAUUAACUAAAGGAAAUAUUCGUCUUCCUAACAUAACACGAAAUUUUUAUGUUGAUGGGUUUAAACCAUCACCACACUAA